AUGAGGAACAAACAUGUAGGAGAAGAGACGAAGUUCGAGUAUCUGGAGCGGAUCUACAGUGAUCCGUCGCACCCGGCAAGCUUUGGCGGGCCCAAGAGACUGAAAAAAGAGGCGGACAGAGAGGGUAUAUUUAACGUGAGCAGUACAGAUGUGAUUUCGUUUCUAGAGUCUCGAGACACGUACAGUACAAACAGGCCUGUUCGUCGGCGCUUCAAUAGGAACAGAAUACUGGUCAGUGGCCUUCGCCAACAGUACGACAUGGAUCUCUGCGACAUGAGUAAACUCGGACGUUAUCGUGGCAACAGGGGCACCCGCUUUCUUCUCACCGUAAUAGACGUGUUCAGUAGGUUUGCAAUGGUUAGGCCGCUGCGUAACAAGUCUGGGAAGGUCGUCGCCGAAGCACUGGAGCAGAUAUUAACGUCAGGUCCUAUGCCGGUGCGCUGCAGAUCAGACAGGGGCACGGAAUUCACGUGCAAGGCAGUGGUCGAUUUACUACAGCGACUGGGAGUCAAACAGUACUUCAGUACGUCAGACCUCAAAUGUCAGAGCGUUGAACGUCUGAAUCAGACGCUCAAGGGCGCCAUAUACAAAUGGUGUUAUGAGAACCGAUCAUUCGCUUACGUUACGGUACUGGACGAUCUUGUCGACGGCUACAACCACAGGGUGCAUUCUUCGCUGUUUGGACUUAGUCCUAGCGAGGUGAACUCGUCCAACGAGGCGAGGUUGUGGAAUCUGAUGUACGUGGAUGGGGCCGGGAGGGCAGGUCAAAGGACGCAACUGUACAAAUAUCAAAUUGGCGACCUCGUGAGAAUAAGCCUAGCAAAGAGAACGUUUGAGCGAUCUUACGGUGAAAAGUUCACGUCUCAGAUAUUCAAAAUACGGGGGCGGAUCUAUAGGGAAAACAUUCCUGUCUACUUUUUGGUCGAUCUCGAGGAAGAGCCAAUCAGGACAGCCUUUUACGAGCCCGAGCUUCAGCGGGUCAGGAAGAGCCUUGACGACAUGAGCGACUGGGAAAUCGAGCGGAUACUUAAGACCAGGAAGUCGGGAAAUGUGCACGAAGUUCUGGUCAGAUACCGCGGACUCGGACCUAAGUUUGAUAGGUGGCUGCCCAAAGCUUCUCUUGGCCAGAAAAAGCGCGCGUAA